GGGUGCGGAAAGUGUGGCGGCCCCGCCUCGUCUCUGGGAGCUGCCGCGGUCGCCACCGCCGCUGCCGCCGCAGCUGUAGGGGACGGCGCGGGUACGCAGGCGAAAGGCGCCCUUUCCCUGCUGAAAGUUCCCUCGGAAACCCUCUCCCUCGCCCACCAUGGCUGACGAAAUCGACUUCACUACUGGAGAUGCUGGGGCUUCCAGCACUUACCCUAUGCAGUGCUCGGCCCUGCGCAAAAACGGCUUCGUGGUGCUCAAAGGACGACCAUGUAAAAUAGUAGAGAUGUCAACUUCCAAAACUGGAAAGCACGGGCAUGCCAAGGUUCACCUUGUUGGAAUUGAUAUUUUCACUGGCAAAAAGUAUGAAGAUAUCUGCCCUUCUACUCACAACAUGGAUGUUCCAAAUAUUAAGAGAAAUGAUUAUCAACUGAUAUGCAUUCAGGAUGGUUACCUUUCCCUGCUGACAGAAACUGGUGAAGUUCGUGAAGAUCUUAAACUGCCAGAAGGUGAACUAGGCAAAGAAAUAGAAGGAAAAUACAAUGCAGGUGAAGAUGUACAGGUGUCUGUCAUGUGUGCAAUGAGUGAAGAGUAUGCUGUAGCCAUAAAGCCCUGCAAAUAAAUGUGAACAUCAGGCAUGAGCAAACUGUUAAGGUCUGGAUCACCUACAGAUCUGAAGUUUGGUUCUGAGUUGGCACCAAAGCUAUAGCCUUCAUAAGCAACCUCAUUUCUUUUUAUAAUUGUUUUGAAAUUG